GCCAGUCGGACGUCGCCAAGUCACCAUGGGAAGCACCGACGUCCACGGCGCCGGAGCGACAAAGGAACAGGUGAAUGCAGUGAGUGCUGCGAUUCACGAGUCUGCAGACUUGAGCUUCUCCGAUGUGGCAGCCCACCGCAAGCUGCUUCGCUCCCUCUGCAGCCUGAAGAUGAUGCUGUCGACGGCGACGCCAAGCCACAAGAAGGACCUCGCGGCAGGCCUCGUUCGACCUCUCGUUCUUGCCAUACAAGUGUACCACGCGAAGCAACAGAACGGUUCGGAUUCCAUUGUGCAGCUUUUCUGCGAUGUUCUCCUUCUCGCGUACGACGGGUCGGCGGUGUCCGAAGGGAUGGAAGUGCUGCUGAAUAAGUCCGCGACGUUGGGGUCGAAACUCACGAUCGCACGAGCGAUGUCCCAUUGGACGUACGCGCAAGUACAAAGCGCCGCCGGAUUCGUCCCCGAACUCAUCAGUCUCGGGAACAAGCACGCCAAGCAUGCCGACUUGUACGUGCGCCAUUCCGUCGUCGAUUCCUUGUCGCGCGCACUCUCGACGUACGGCUGCCACGGCCACUCUUUCCACAGCGAUGCGCUUAAACUUGCUGCCAAGUUGACGACUGACAAAUAUCCCGAGAUCCGACAGGCUGCAGCGAUCCUUGUUCGUGCCAUCCUCGAGCACACGGAUGCAGCGGACGCAGCAGGUUUGGACGCGCUCUUCUCCGUGCUGUCGAAGACACUGGACGACCCCGCGCCAGAGCUCCGUCGAACGUUUGCGACUCUGAUGGGGCAGCUGCUUGGCCUGUAUGUUGUGCCUCUCAACGACGCCGCCUCACCGUCUGCGCCGUCCACAACGUCUGUCCUCAAGAAGAAGGCUUCUCCGAGUCCAUUUCCUUCCGUCGAUCUCGCGAUUCAGUUCGUGAAGGAUUCGUUUUGCACAUUGCCCGCUAGCGGGAAUGGAAUUGGAGGCACGUUCGCGACUGCCGGCGUCAUCCUCGCCACGCUCUUUCACGCGCAGACCCACUUGACGGAGCCUCACUUCCACGCGACCAUCGCCGCGCUGCUGUCGUACCUCGACAUGCCGCUCCCGUCCGCGAAUGAGUACGUCCGUAUCCGCAGCACCAUCGGCUUUGCCUUCCGCGCCGCCGCCAAGUCACUCAACGAGCGCGAACAACACCAGUGGCUUCGUGCCGUGGUGGAACAUUUCGACACCCCGUCCUUGUCGCACCACCAGCGGCUCGUCCUUGCCGUCGAAUGUUCGCAUCUCUUCCACGCACUCGGUGAAGCAUCCGUCGUGUAUGCUGCGCCUGCUGCGAUCGCCCUCACAGCGCUGCUAAGCCAUGAGAAGCACAGCCUUCGUGUGGAAGCUGCCGGUGCGCUGGCAUCCCUCGCAGUUGCCGUGCCCUACCGUCGCCAGGCCAUCUUUGAUCUGGUCCUAAGACGCCUGACCAAGCUGGUUGAUGCUGCUCUACCAGUUCCAGCCCCCGCUACACCCGUUGCCACUGACACAUCAGACCUGUACUCGAUCCAAGGCCUCACAGCUGCGCUGACGCACCUCCUUCGCGCCACCAAACUUCAAGGGUCCAAUGGGUUCUCCUUACCACUCUACAAUUCCGUCUUGGAGCUGGCCGAUCGCCUUGUGCAGUCGCAAUUUCGACGUGACGUAGCCGACCCGAUCUGGCUCACAUGCACCCGAGCAGGGUGGGAACUCCUCGGCGCGGUCUUGCCCAUGCAUCUGCCGUUCACCACGUCACUGACGACGCGUCUGUGCAGACUCUGGAGCUCGGUGACAACGCCCCAGGCACGAGAUCAGUCGCAAGAGUUGCUUCGUGUCGAAGGUGCGCUUGUCACGCUGCACGUGUACUUGAUGGCGCUGCCCCCCGACCCCCACGGCCUCGCCCCGUUCUUUGUCCAGCUGCUACACGCCACUCUCACGUCGGUGCUCAACAUCGGAGUGCCAUCCAAACAGCGCGCGAAAGUCGCAAAACACCGUGUCAUGGCCUGGCUCGUCAAGUGCUACAUCCUGUUGCCGCCAACGUUAGUCGCGGAUUCGUGGAUCACGUUGCUCGACCUCAUUGCUGAGUUUACGACGGCUCAAUCGCUUACUUCUCUCCAGCGAUCGACCCUCGUUCCCCCAGCCACGACGGCUCUGCCGCUCUCGGACGUUGCAACGGCCGUUCGCCUCGUCGCUGGAGACCUUCCCGACCCCAUGUACCACGAAGACCUCAACUUCACCCUUGCGCUCUUGCUGGCCGACACCGCCAUGUCCGACAUUGAGCUCGAGACGGCGUACUUGGACCACUUUGUUGCCAAGGACACAAGUCAAACCCAGUCGACGAGCGCCUUUACUUACGUGCGGAUGGUCGACGCCAGCGUGCAGUUGUUUCCGCUCCUCUUUUUGGUCAUUCCGCAUGAACUCCAGCUCCGCGUGCUACAGCACUUUGCUGGUGUGCUGGCCGAUCCAAAAGUUCCGUUGGAUGUGGUCGUGAAUGUGUCGGCUCUGAUGCUCGCGACUGUGCGCGAAGCUCAGACGCAGUCGCGACGAUGCAUGAAACCAAAUGUGUACCACGCGGCGACGUGGCCAGGGAUGAUUCAGAGCAUGUUGCUCGAGCUCCUCGGCAGCAGUGUGGAUGCGGUGCGUCUGGCGGCUGCCGAAGCGCUCGGCCUCGUGGCAUCGCUCAUGUCGGAGUCCAACAUUCGAUUGCUCGUGGCGGAUCUUGAAGCCAAUAUUGCGACACAUCAACACGACAACAAGUCGACGCUCUUGGCAGGCAGCGCGCUCGCACUCGCCCAUCUCAAGCGCAGCUGCGGCUCGCGUUGUGCUGUCGAUGUGACGCUAUUGUAUCGCCUCAGCCAAGAGCACAUGUUUUCGAUGGCCCAGCCAUUACGGACGUCGAGUUUGCGUGCAUGGAGUCUGUUGCUCGAGUGCGUCAACACGUCCGGCGACUAUGAGGACCAGUACGUCGCACCGUCGCUGCAUCUCAUGGAGCUCCAGUUGGUCGUCGGGUUUCGGUUUGUGCAUGGAACGGCCAACAAGAAAGGCCCGAUCCUGCGCGCGUCGACGUCUGUGUGCGUAGCCAUGGGACAGGUGAUCAAUAGCAUCGUGUCUGCCCUCGGACCGGAGCUCCUGAACGCAGGUGGCAGUCGCAUCGACCUCCUCUACGCGUUCUGGGACCUUCUCCGCAUGACGGCCGACCCCCGUAUCGAGCUAGAGUACCUCCGCUUUAUCGAGCAAUUGGUCCUGUUUGCGCCGUCGUACUUUAAGGCAAGCGACCUCACGCGCCUCAAGGGCCUUCUCCGCCAGCCCAUGUCGACGUCGGCCGAGUGCCGCGCCGUGAUGUUGCUUAUCGUGCGCAUCCUCGUGGAACGCGACCCGUCUUUGAUCCACGAGGAACACCUCCAUCUCAUGCUCUUCCAAGCGUUGGAAGUGCACGAAAUUGCCACCGACUACCCGCUCUUGCCUCGGUUCCGAGGCAUGUUUCCGACCGGGCAUCGUCGCCACGUCCCGUCCAACCCCAUCGCGGAACUCCAAGGCUGUCUCACAGCGCUCCUCGUCACGGAUUGCGGUGUCCAGCGCCUCCACAACGGCAACAAAGCGUGCGAGUGGCUCUUGCUUUGCCGUGGCCUUGCGGUCGGUGGGGUUGUGUCUGUCCCAGCGCCGUCCAUGGACGACUUGUCCAGUCCCCGAGGAGCAGACUCUCCCGUGCAUCACAACUCGUCGACUGCGCCCGUGUCCGAUAUCUGGCGGCGCACCAACCAUCGCGUGUGUGCCACCCUCGCCGACAUCCCGUGCCUCCAUCGCCGCGUGCGUGAGUUUGCCGUGCUCAGCGUCGUCGCCGUGUUGGAGCUUGUGGCGCAGUCGACCGUGGCGUCGGUGCAUUUUGAUGUGGGCAAAACUCGUGCAGCAGUCGCUAGUCUGUCGGAGCAUGCCGACUCGGCCAACUUUGUCAGCCUGUACGUUGACGAAGUCAUGACGCUUGCGUGCCAGAUCAGCGCGCUGUCGAUGGACGGAUUCGAGCUGCAGCACAUUCAGAGCGUCGGGAUGGCGCUCCUCAACGUCGUAUGCCACCUCAUGGCGAGUUGCGUCGACCCGGAAGUCCCCGACGAAACCCUGUUUGUGCAGUACCAAGCACAGCUCUCGUCGACCAUUCGCCGCGCGUUUGCUUCGGAUGCGCCGUCCACGUCAUGUCCAUUCGACCCGGCCACACUCACAGCAUACGAACCGCUCCAACUCGAAGGCGCCGUCGCGAUUGCCCACGUCAUGGCCAACAAGAUCAUCACAGACAAAGUCGGCGCCCAGCGGCUCGUCAAGCUCGUGCUUCGUCCCGACUUUACUUACGACGCGUCCUCGUGCGACGACACUGUCCGCUUUCGGUUGUCCAUCGCGACACUCGGCAGUCUCGCCCGCGUUGCCGUCACUACAGAUGACAUGGUCACGCUGCCUCCCCAUGUUCCAACGGCAUGGAUGGACGCCCUGCGCGACUUUUGCCUGCUCCAUGCUGGCCCGCCACACGGAGCCAUCGAUUACGCUGGAAAGUAUUUCAAGUCGACGCGGGACUUGGACGUUCUGAAAGGGGUCGCGAUGACGUAUGCGCCGGUGCUCGUGGCGGCGCUAGCCAAACGAUCGGCCGAGUCGGCACUUGAUCGAACGACCGUCCUCACCAUCGCCCUGCUCUACUUUUCCGUCAAGACCACAGACGUGUCUGGCGUACUCACUGUCCUCGAAGCACUCCCGACUUUGAUUGUCUGGAACACCAUGACCCCAGACACUUACGACAACGUUGUCCACACGCUUUUCGUUUUGGCAUCCCAUCCCGACGACGCUGUCCAAAUCGCGGCCCUCCGCGGCAUUCAAACCUUGUCCACGAAGGAUGGCGCUGCAUACGUCCAGGCUGCCGUGGCAUCGAUGAAUUCGUUGGCACGCCAGACGACCCUGCAACAAAUCCACCUAGCGACCACCGUCGUCCUGCGAUCAGCAUCUGCGCGCAAGUUGAAACUCACCGAUGCAUCGUUGUCGGCGUUGGUGCUCGAAAGCUUGAGGACUGCCGCGGCUGGCACCGCCGUCCUUUUGCCGCUGGACGCUUCGUUUGGCCCUGCGUAUGUUGUCGUCGCCAACAACUUUCUUCGCCACUGUGGACUGGAAUGCGACUGGCUCCACCCGACAACCGUGUUGUACGUGGAUGCCACGCUACGGUGUGUGGUCAUGACGUCCCUAGCUGGCGCGGCCUCUGAGAUGACACCGGCGCUAGCAACAAGUCUCCGUGAGCUUCUGGACACCAUUGAAUGGCUUGCUGUCUCUGCAGUCGAUGGCGCACACAAUUUGGUCGUUCCAUUUGCUGCCAAGCUCGUGAGUUCUGCGACAAUCCACCUCGGUCCACACGUGGACUUGUUUGAAUUCCACGAUCGCAUUGCCACUGCUUGGAUGCGCCACGUGACCGGCGACGACGCGUCGAUUGCCACCAUCUUGUCUUGUGCGAGAAGCGUGGCAGGAAUCCCCGUCUUUUCGCACCGCAUCGGAAAUGCAGUUGUGCGACUGCUGCAUGGCGACGUCCGAACGCUGUCAAGCGAUAUCGUCAAUGAGAUCGAGGCAUGGAUUUCUGUGCUGAUGACAGCCAUGGAGGUGGCGGGGGUGGGCGAAACGUGCCUGCAAAUCGUCCUACCACUGCUGCUUCGCCUGCCCCAGCCGACAACCACCGGCCGCAUCUUGAUUGGGAUCGCCACGACAAAUAGCACGAGCUUCAAGGCCGCCGUGGGUCAUUUGAGCGAAGACACGCGAGGCGCCUUGCAAACUGUGUUGCGCCAAGCGCUGGCGGAAAAAACAGAGACGGCGAACGCUCCGUCGUCGUCGAUGAGUUUGGACUUCAGUCGGUAUGGGUAAGCGAGUGUAUUAAAGAGUGGUUUCAAGUGUUUCGGGG